AUGAGGUUCACACAUUCGAUUCAACAAGCCAUCGCGCCAAUUAUGCUUAGCUCACACCUUUGGAUAGUGACAGAGGCACACCCUGUCGAUGAGCAGAUCGUUUUCUCACUGGAACCCGCUGCAGCAAGUUCCUGCCCGGAUUCCGUGUUGAAGUGUGGCGCGAAUGACUGUCGACUGAAACUAUCGCUCCAUGAUACUUCCAAGCCCGUUUGUACGGGAAAAUAUGAAGGAUGUGAAUGUCUGACCGAGGAAGACGUCGGUUCCGGGAUGCGAAAACAGAAUCCCGUAACAAACGCCGUAACCGACAAUUUCUCUCCGGCAGUGAAGGCGACACAUCCAACAUACCCUCUUUUAGAAUGCUCGCAGGAGUUUGAGAGCGUCAACGUCUUGGAUUUCUGGCAAAACUUGGGUAUUAAAUUCGGAUGGGAUCUCGAAACGAGUGAUCAUAAGUGGGAUUUGUAUGUUGCCAAAGAGCACACAUACGGAGAAAAAUACGGCGAAAUGUCUGUCGAAUUCGAGUGGAGGAGCUAUCUAGAUGUUGCUUGCACAACUGAAAGCUCGGAUAUGAUCUGGGACGGCCUUGCUAACCCGCCUUGUCGCCCCGACGAUUACACAGUUGCCCGCUCAGCCUCGUUGAAGUUCGAUUGCGGCGAAGUCAAGUACAGAAUCCACCGUAAUAAGCCGGCCUCCCGUGGGCCAGUGCGCGAACCCCCGUUGGAUACUGUUGAGAAUGCCGAGUGGGAACACAAAGGCGGUAACUUGUACAGUGGAUUCUGCGCGAAGAUCAAGCGUGAGCAGCCGCUCAAGAUGACCGUCUAUCUGCAAGAACAAGGACUACUUCCCCACCAGGACUUUUACCUCCAAUCUAACAUUGAACUGUCUUGGAAACCCGGCUCUCAUGAGGAGUUGGAGGCCGGCUGUGGCCAGACAUGCGAGGAGGCGAUGCACAUUUUCCGAGCGAGUUCCUUGGGUCGUUUGGGGGAUGACAAGUCUUUGAUGGCACGAGCAGCCUCUUACGAUGUAGGCUGUGGGACAUACUCUUAUGUUUUCCGAGAUGGUACAGAGUCUCUAUAACUUAAAAACGCAGUGUGUUCCAGCCUGUCUCACGACACUUGUUACAAUGCGAACUAGUCACUACCUGAGAGCGUCUGCCUGCCUGCGAAGACACAAAUGGAAAGCUCCUCGGACUGGGGAAGGGGAUCAGUCUCUUCACGCGUAGGCGUCUUGCCCACCCUCCCAUGCCUGUCACUCCAUAGUUCGGCGGGGCGAGAAUUGCAAGCAGCACGGCAAUCAAGCAUUCGUGGUCCUGGAGAAGCUUCUCGGCAUCUUAUACACGGCAACAUGCCAAUCAAGCUUUAAGAAUAUACUCUGCCGGCGUACUCACGUUGUGGGAGUUCUAUCUAGGCCGCUUGUAAGGUGUUUGAGGCCAAAGCAGAGCGACGACCCGUGUUUGGCUUAUAGGAGUUCCCGAGCAGGGG